CUCUCUCUAAAAAUAUCAGUGUGAAGUUUGGUUGUUUCUCUCUCCAGAAACUUAUAUUCCAUAUUGCACCCAUCAACUCUAAUCAUUCCUUAAUGCUCAUGGUUUUGUUCAUUUAUUUUGUUUUAGAAGUAAAUGCCUACAGUUUUAAUCUUUGAGUUUCAAAAAUAAAUGCUUGAUGUUUUGAUCUUUGUGUUUCUCUCUCUAGAUUAAGCUUAAUCUUUCUUAGUCUUACUAAUCUAGAGAUGGAAAAAUUACACUAAAUUUACUUAAAACUACGGGGAGAGGAAUUCGAACCCGCAAUGAUCUUACUCUCUCGAUCUUAUUUAUCACAACCCAGUUUUUUGUUUUCAGAAAUCAAGUUUUGUGCUUUCAAUUUUUGUGAUUUUAUUUUGUCUUUCAAUCAGUUUUUUGUUUCUUUCAGGGUGAGCCGCAGUGAUCUCGAUGUGACCCAGCAAGUUCUCGCGUUCGUCAGGAAUAUCUCUAUUCAUCCGGAGGCUUGACUUGAUUUCCCUCUCUCCGAUGACGACGAAGAUGCAGAUGGCUGGGUUUACUGGGAUUGGAGUUGGUGUUGCUUACUAUGGUUUGAGACCUAUUGUAGAGGCUAUGACCUUUAUCUUCCCAAUGCGGGCAAUUCUACUGCAAAAUAAAAUUAUGUCUGAUGGUGCUGUUCCUGGUUUUGGUGCCCAGCAUUCUCAAAUGGUAGAGUCAUUAGUGCUUUACUGCUGGGAUAGUAUUGUACAAUCGAAUCGAACCAAUUACUGGAUCCUCAAUUUGACCGACUCAACAUAUAUGUCAAGAGAAAUAGUACAAAUUAUAUUGUGAAGCCACACUUUCAAUCAACUUAUCUUUAGCAGCUUUUGGUAAGAUUAAGUGUUCAAAGAGUGCGAGGGGCAGCAGCUUCUAAUUGCAACCAAAAUAUUGGAGGGUACACACUAUGUUCUACACCCUAAUGGCUCAGCCGUGUUUAUAGUAAAUAUCAAUGAAGUAAUGAACCUUGGGAUAUGCCGAUUCCCUCUGUGUUUGAAGAUCGUUAUAAUUUGUUGAACAUAGGUUGUCAGUCUAAAUUUAUUACGAUUUAGGUGCAAAUUGAAAGAAUUAUGAAUAUGAACAGUUUUAGAAAUCCUGGUGGACCUUCUUUCUUUUAUUGUAUUGCUCUUGAUGUAAAUUCAAUAUAAUAUGAACGCAACCUAAGACUUAUUUUUAGCAUGUGGAUUUA